AUGAUGGUAGAGUUGUCCCAGAACCAGAAAUACCAACCAGAACCAGAACAAGGAGACCAGGACCAGAACCAGCACCACCCCCAGGUCCAGAACCAGUUGCCACCACCAGGUCCGGAACCAGCACCACCACCAGGUCUGGAACCUGUCCCACCACCAGGGCCAAGAAACCUGUUCCCACCACCAGGACCAGUGCCACCAACCAGGGCCUCUAGUGAAUCAUUUGCCAGUCAGCAUUUAAGAAGAGGACUCGGUUCUACUUUGAAUAUUUCAUUGAUUCUCUCCAUUGAUUCUCCACCCCUCACCCACUCCCCAGUCUUAGUCCCAGAACCAGAAAUACCACCAGAACCAGAACAAGGACCAGGACCAGAACCAGCACCACCCCCAGGUCCAGAACCAGUGCCACCACCAGGUCCGGAACCAGCACCACCACCAGGUCUGGAACCUGUCCCACCACCAGGGCCAGAACCUGUCCCACCACCAGGACCAGUGCCACCACCAGGGCCUCUAGUCUUAGUCCCAGAACCAGAAAUACCACCAGAACCAGAACAAGGACCAGGACCAGAACCAGCACCACCCCCAGGUCCAGAACCAGUGCCACCACCAGGUCCGGAACCAGCACCACCACCAGGUCUGGAACCUGUACCACACCAGGGCCAGAACCUGUCCCACACCAGGACCAUCUUAGUCCCAAGAACCAGAAAUACCCACCAGAAACCAGAACAAGGACCAGGACCAGAACCAGCACACCCCCAGGUCAGACCAGUGCCACCACCAGGUCCGGAACCAGCACCACCACCAGGUCUGGAACCUGUCCCACCACCAGGGCCAGAACCUGUCCCACCACCAGGACCAGUGCCACCACCAGGGCCUCUAGUCUUAGUCCCAGAACCAGAAAUACCACCAGAACCAGAACAAGGACCAGGACCAGAACCAGCACCACCCCCAGGUCCAGAACCUGAACCAGAAUCAGGGACCAGUCCCACCACCGGGGGCCAGUGCCACCACCACCAGGACCAGAACCUGUCCCACCACCAGGGCCAGAACCUGUCCCACCACCACCAGGGCCAGAACCUGUCCCACCACCAGGACCAGUGCCACCACCACCAGGACCAGAACCUGUCCCACCACCAGGACCAGUGCCACCACCAGGGCCAGAACCUGUCCCACCACCAGGACCAGUGCACCACCACCAGAGGCCAGAAGCCAGACCAGUGUCCACCCACCACCAGGACCAGGGCCAAAAUGUCCACCACCAGGGACCAUGCCACCACCCCAGGGCCAGAACCUGUCCACCACCAGGACCAGGGCCACCACCAGGACCGUGCCACCACCACCAGGACCCAUGAACCUGUCCACCACCAUGACCAGUGCCAGCCACCAGGGCCAGAACCUGUCCCACCACCAGGGCCAGAACCAGUGCCACCACCAGGGCCAGUGCCACCACCACCAGGGCCAGAACCAGUCCCACCACCAGGACCAGUCCCACCACCAGGACCAGUGCCACCACCACCAGGGCCAGAACCUGUCCCACCACCAGGGCCAGAACCAGUGCCACCACCAGGGCCAGAACCAGUGCCACCACCAGGACCAGUGCCACCACCAGGCCAGAAACCUGUCCACCACAGGGCAGAACCAGUGCCACCACUAGGACCAGUGCCACCACCAGGGCCAGAACCUGUCCCACCACCAGGGCCAGAACCAGUGCCACCACCAGGACCAGUGCCACCACCAGGGCCAGAACCUGACCAGUGCCACCACCAGGGCCAGAACCUGUCCCACCACCAGGACCAGUGCCACCACCAGGGCCAGAACCUGUCCCCACCCCACCAGGACCCCGUGCCCCACCACCGGGCCGAACCUGUCCCACCACCAGGACCAGUGCCACCACCCCAGGCCAGAACCUGUCCCACCACCAGACCAGUGCCCCACCACCGCCAGGGCCAGAACCUGUCCACCACCACGGACCAUUGCCACCCCACCGCCAGGGCAGAAAAACCUGUCCCACCACCAGGACCAGUGCCCACCACCAGGGCCAGAAACCUGUCCACCACCGGGACCAGUGCCACCACCAGGGCCAGGAACCUGUCCACCCACCAGGACCAUGCCACCACCAGACAGUGCCACCACCAGGACAGUGCCACCACCAGGGCCAGAACCGUCCCACCACCAGAACCAGUGCCACCACCAGGGCAGAACCAAUUGCCCACCCCACCACCAGGACCAGUGCCACCACCAGGACCAGUGCCACCACCAGGACCAGUACCACCACCAGGACCAGUGCCACCACCAGGGCCAGUACCACCACCAGGACCAGUGCCACCACCACCAGGACCAGAACCUGUCCCACCACCAGGACCAGUGCCACCACCACCAGGACCAGAACCUGUCCCACCACCAGGACCAGUGCCACCACCACCAGGACCAGAACCUGUCCCACCACCAGGACCAGUGCCACCACCACCAGGACCAGAACCUGUCCCAUCACCAGGACCAGUGCCACCACCAUGCCCCGGAGGUGCGGAUGGGUCUGGAGGCAUGAAGGGUAUGAAGUGUGCUCGUUUGGUUAUAGAAGUUGUACAGCACGUUGAGUUGGGUGGCAAAGGAGGCUGUUCAGAGUGUUGAUGUAGUAACUUGGAGGAAGAAAAUGCUCCUGGGAUGUAGUAAGCAAAUGUGACAGGAGAGGCGUCGGGAAUCAUCAUGGUGUUUAAGAUACCAGAAGAAUUUAAUUUUUCAUAAUGACAUUUUUUGAGCAGUGUAGAAAUUUAUUUCUUUAUGGUGACAUUAUUUUGGAGCAGUGUGGUAUUUAAAUUCUCUUAGGAUAACAUUUUUUUGAACAGUUUUGGAAUUUUAUUUCUUUUUUAUAACAUUUUUUUGAACAGUUUUGGAAUUGUAUUUCUUUGUGAUAACAUUUUUUUAAGUGUUGGAAAUUUAUUUCUUUGUGAUAACAUUUUUUUAUCAGUUUUGAAAAUUUAUUUCUUUAUGAUGACAUUUUUUUGGAGCUGUGCGGAAUUUAAAUUCCUUAGGAUUACAUUUUUUGAACAGUUUGGAAAUUUAAUUACAUUUUUUGGAGCAGUGUGGAGUUUUAAAUUAUUUUAGGAUAACAUUUUUUGAACAUUUUGGAAAUUUAAUUCUUUAGGAUACAAUUUUCUGAGCAGUGUGGAAAUUUAAAUUGUACAGGAUAACAUUUUUAGAACUUUGUGGAAAUUAAAUUCUUUAUAAUAAAAUUUUCUGAGCAGUGUGGACUUUAAAUUCUCUAGGAUAACAUUUUUAAAACAUAUUUGAAAUUUAAUUCUUCAGAAUAAAAUUUUCUGAGCAAUGUUGAAAUAUAAAUUCUCUAGGAUAAAGAUUUUUUAGAACAUUGUGGAAAUUUAAUUCUUUAGGAUAAAAAUUCUUUGAGCAUUGUGGAAAUUUUAAUCUUUAUGAUAACAUUUUUGUAGCAGUGUGGAAAUUUAAUUCUUCAUGAUAACAUUUUAUAGAGCACUGUGGAAAUUUAAUGAUUUAGAACAAAAUUUUCUGAGCAAUGUGGAAAUUAAAAUUCUUUAGGAUAAGAUUUUUUAGAGCAUUGUAGAUAUUUAAUUCUUAGCGAUAAAAUUAAUGGUGCAAAGAACUAGUGUAUUGGUCGAAUAAAAA